UGCCUUAUGGCCUUGUGUCAACCACAACCUAAAGUCUUAGUUUUGGCCGGUCGCGGUAAUAGUGGCGCUCCGUACACGAGGACGUCGGGCGCAAUAUGCCUCAUGUUCCAUCCUCACGACUGCAAUGACAAAGGCGGUCGUCAUUCAACUCACCACCUCAACACCUCACCUCCACCAUUAACCGAUGCUCCUUCUUCCUUAGCAACGAAAGAAUAGAUCCGUGCUGUGCUUCUGCUGCGCAUGGAGUGACCUUAUAAGGUUAUCAAAAGACGCACACGUCUCUCCGCCACUACUCAACCUCCAGAGACUCCAUAUCAACUAGAUAUGUCCAACGAGCUUAAAAAAGCAAUUUAUCUCCUCCCAACCGAGGGCGAUGGCUUCGACAGCUACAAAACCGCCAAUCCAUCAUCUCAAAUUUCCCGACCCUUAAUCACCAAUUACAAGAAGUCGCAGGCUCUAAGGUUUCGAGCGUCGUUGGUUGGCGUCGUCCACGGCACCCUGUCAACAGGAGAUCCGGCCUCUUUGAUCGUCACUGAGUUCCGCUUCGAAUCGGGCGAUGCGGCACGACGCUUCAAGUCGGCUACUAUAGAGUAUGUCUUUCUGUCUGAAGAUGAAACCUCCGACGAGCUUAGACCCGAAAUAUACAACAUCGCGCCCUCUGGUGUGUUGUCAAUAGAUCCUCUGGACACGCCGGACACGUUGGCCUCGACCACUGUAACUUCAGUCGAAUCUCCUCCGUCGCCGGGGCUCCCGCAGCCGCGCGUGGCUCGACGCGAAAGUAUUGACUCUAUGGCGACGAUAAAACAUGCUUCUCGUUUCCGCUGGGACUUGUGCCAAACCCAGGACGGCCGAGAGCAUGCUACCCUGAUAGGACGCACCCGGAUCAGGGAGGAAUAUGGUGGGGAGAAUAUCGCAACAUGGCUCCUUCAGGAGAAUCGCUCGACUACAGUCGGUCCGACCCAAACACGACAAAAAAAAAUAAAAACCACCACAAUACUAAUUGAUAUAAAUCGUAUUAAUUAAAACUAUACUAUAUACGCUAGGAAUCAAUUCUAUAGUCUCAAAAUUAUAAUAUCUUUAUUAUUAAG